UCUCCUCCGAAUUUGUGUUUCUCCACCACACAAUUGCCGAGUUGCCACAUCUCCAUCUCCAGCCCUACCUCUCUCCCUCUCUGCAUCUGCAGCAGUCACAGGUGAGCGUCACUAGGUUGGAGCCCUGGAAAGAUGUAGAUUAGAAAGAGGAAUCAGUCCCUAUCUCCAUCUCCCAUCUGUCCAUGCACCAGUAAACCAAGUAGAAGGUGAAAAAAAAGGGAAGAGAGCCAAGAGAAAAUAGGGAGAGAAAAAUUAGGAGGACAUGAGCAGAGGGAGCGGCUGACACAGCCGCCUGCAGCAGCAUCAGCGUCAACAGCCGCAGUCGCGACCAAGAUCGAAGGAAUUAAGAAGAUCCGAGACCGAGUCCGAGGAGGUGGGGUGCGAAGAAAAAAUAUCGCCGCAGAAAGGAGGCUGUUGACGGCUCGGAAAAUUGUUUCCUUUUCCCUGUUUAUUCGCUUCUCGGCAGGAGGUUCUUGGCGACAAAGAUGGCUGCUUUGGUGGAUUUGGAUCUCAACUGCCGUCCGCCGUCGCCAGAGCCCGCCGCGCCGGAGGAGGUCCCGCGGGCAAUGCUCCGUCAAGAGCAGCACUUUCCUGACCAGAUGAAGGGACUGCAUCAGUUUUAUGGAUCCUUCUGGAAGCAAUCCAGUGAUGCACCGAGCAACCUGCAUCCGACUCAUGAGCAUAAGCCGAUGAAUUUGGGUUCGAGGGGCAAUCAAAAUCCAGAAAUUCCCAGCAAUUCCAAUAAGUGCAAAUCGCUGUCCAAUGUUGCAGAACAGAAUUUGGAUGCUAGGAGUUCAAUCCGGAGAAAAUCUGAUGCUUAUCAUGAUGUGAUUGAUUUGGAGAAGCCAACGACCUCUGGUGAUGCGGUGGAGACUGUUGGUUGCUCUGACUUCGGCAGCCUUGCCAACCAAAAUGGUAGGUCUCAGGACGGCUCAUGCUGCAUUUCACCGGAGAAUAGCUCUCUCGCAGAAUCUGCUCAUUUGCGCAGAGGAUGGAAUUCGUCCCGUGUAAGCCCUGUUUCAGGUUCAGUUGGCUCUAGUGAGACUCCAGACUGCCAGUCCCCUAUCAAACCAAGUACUGAAUCAAGGCAUUCACUGAUUGACCUGAAUAUACCUCAAGAAGAAAGCCUUCUUGUUUUCUAUGCACCUUCUCAAGAAAUGUAUUCUCCUCUGUUCCAUUCUUCCUUGACAUAUCCUGGAAAUUUUUCAAAAAGCUCUAGAGAAGUUCUCCAAAAAGAAUGUGGCUCUACUAUUGGAUCAUUGAAAGGAUCUUCCAUUGCGGUGAUCGAGCCCAGGCCAGCUGCAGACAGUUCAAGGGAUGUGAUAGACGCAUCCUCAGUUCAACAGAAAGACCUUUUUGACCUAAAUGUGCCACUUGAAAGCAUUGACAUGCCAUCAGAAAUAAUCAGCAAUUGCAGAGAUAAGGUUGUGAAUAAUGAUGGAAGUAAAGAAACAGCAUCCAGUCAUUCUUUAUCCAAGAAAAAUAGCCUUCAAGCAGAAACUUCCAGGAAAUAUCUCACUCGAAACGAUCAUAUGUUGGCAAGCAAGGAUGACAAUAAUGUGCUUCUGCAAACCUCAACAAAUAAUGGUAUCGAUAAGGUUCAGCCGCAGGAAUCUGGAACUAAUUACAAGGAACCUUUGAUUUCUGAAACUCCAGUUGAUAAUCAUGUCUGUCCGAGACUUGGAGUAUCCCAUGAUGGACCAUCAAAUUCUCAGGUGACUGUUAGCAUGCUUCAAGGUGAGGCAGAAGGUGAUGACAAAGCAGCUGCUACUGCAGCUGAAACGCUUCUAUUAUUUUUUUCGCAUAAAUCUGCAUGCGCUGCAGAUUGCCCAGGAAGCAAUAGUCGGACAUCAGUUCAGGAUGGAAACGAUGAGCCUCAAUGUUCGUUGGACUCUUUCGGGAAAAUCGUGUUGAAUCUAGAGGAGGUCAGAGAUGACGGUCAAUCCAUCCCUGUGCUACCGCCCAAUAAUGAUGCACCGUCAUGUGGGAUCAAGCUAAAGAGAGGAAGAGGGAUGAGAAAUUUUCAGAGGGAGAUAAUACCUGGACUUGUUUCUCUAGCGAGGCAGGAGAUAUGCGAUGACUUAGAUGCUAUAGGUUAUGAGCCAAAGAAGACUCGAUCUAGGAAAACUCGCAGGGGUCCAGGCGCAUCUUCAACUCGAUCAAGGCCACGCAAGCGUGGCUCCGCUGCCAGGAACUGACCACCAAGAGCAUCUGCAUUCCAUGACAGGGUGCCACAAGGCAGGCAAUUCAGAACAUGAGAGCUCAUUUUAACCAUGUGAAUAUUCAUGUGUAUUGAGCCUAGUUUCAAACUAGGUUUGUUACUGGCCAUUCAGUUGGGGAUAUUCUUUUCUUUCCUCCAUCUAUCUCUUUGAAGUGAUCAGGCUGUUAGAUUGGACCUUUUUUUUCCUUUGCUUUAUAUUUUAGCAAUGAAGGCAUAGUCAGUGUCAUAAUGGCCAGUCUCAAAAGCUAGCCGUUUCUAGCCCUAGACCAGAGACUCAAUUAAGGCUAAAUGGUUGUAUUCUGAUGAUAAGCUAGCAUCUCGUCUUGAAUUAUACCGUGGAUUAGUGAGAAUAUAGUACUUCCCUUGGUCAAA